AAAAUUUUUAUUGACAGAUAAGCACAUAAAUUUAUAAAUAAGCAGCUAAGUGCUAAUUGUCGAUUAUAAAAAAAUUAAUCGGUUAAUUUUAAAUAAUGUCUGAUAAUUUGUAUAGUCUUCAAGAAGUUUCAAAGCAUAACAAUAAUGAAAGCACGUGGAUUAUUAUUAAAAGUUCAGUUUAUGAUGUGACGGAUUUUUUGAAUGAGCAUCCGGGAGGCGCGGAAUUGAUAAAAGAAUGCGCUGGGAAAAAUGCAACUAGUGAUUUUAAUAAUUCUGGACACUCGAGUGACGCCCGGCGUACAAUGAAACUCUACAAAAUCGGGGAGAUUUCUGAGGAGAGCAAAGUAAUAAAUGAUGAUAUUUCUGAUAAAGAAAACUUAUCAACAAAAAAACGUAAAAUUUUUAUUCCAUUGUUCUGUAAUUGUACUAAUAGACAGUAA